GCUCUAUUCCACAUUAUUUGGAUAUAGAAAUUUGCCCUUGAAAUUCAAAUACAUACCAUGACUGGAGAACAGAACAUUACAAUAUUCAAGUGCAAUAAACAAAUUAUGUUGAACUGUGACCCAUUUGGAAACAUAUUUAUAAGUAUGGAAUAUAUAUGUACAUGACAUAUCGACGAGGGAUGUUACACAAUGAGAAUACAUUAUGAUAUUGGAUUGCACAUGGAAGGACCUUGUUGCAGUUCAAAAGCAGCAACUGGUUAACCUUGUUGUACCACCAUCGGUUCCAACUUUUUCCUUUACUGAGGGUAUGUUGCGUUUAUACAAAAUGUAAGCUUUACAGUAUGUUUACUGACUGAGGCAGGCAUCAAUCCAUGUAAACCGUGAGACACUCUAGUCUUUUUAUAAAAAAUAUUCUUUUAAUAAAAAAAUUCUAAUUCGAAAUAUUCUUUUCACUGUAUGUCCAUUGAAAAAUGAAGUAUUAAUUAAGGCGAGCAGAUGCAUUGCACCAUUUCGGAUUGGGCGGUCCAGUGCGUUGACUACUCAGUUAACAUUGCGCCCAACUCUUUAACGCAUCAUUAAAUAAAGAGGUGUUUGAUUUUACGUGGCCAAAUACAUAUUCAAUAGUAUUUUACGAAAAUCGUUUUUCUAUAUCGGAUCUCAUUGGCUAGGAGAAAGAAUGGUGCUGAAAUACAUUACAUUUCUGUUGUUUCUCCUGUGGAUAGUACUGGUUGAUUUAACCAGUGCUUCAAUUUUUACAAAUAUAGUGGAAAAUAUAUACGAAUAUUUCCGAGAGUCCCCGCCGUCGUAUAACGUGCCACUGGAUUAUGAGCAUCAGAAUGAGAAGAAGGAAAAAACAUAUUCAUACGAUUUUAUAAUAAUAGGAGCCGGCUCUGGAGGAUCCGUCGUUGCCAAUCGAUUAUCAGAGAUUCCCCAUUGGAAUAUUUUACUUUUGGAAGCUGGAGGUGAAGAGAUAUUUUUGACUGAUGUGCCACUCUUAGCGCCACUCAUGCACAUUACCUCUUACAAUUGGGGCUACAAAACUGAACCAAGGCCAAAGGAUAGUGAUGGGAGUGGUGGAUAUUGUCUGUCCAUGAUUAAUGGUCGUUGUAAUUGGCCCAGAGGUAAAGCUAUUGGUGGAACAUCAGUAAUAAAUUUCAUGAUAUAUUCACGAGGAUCUAGGAGGGAUUUCGACCAAUGGGCAGCUGAUGGUAAUGCAGGUUGGAGUUAUGAUGAAGUAUUGCCCUAUUUUAUGAAAUCGGAAAAGGCACAUUUUAUUACCCCAACGAGAGCUGAGGCGCAGAAUAAUGAGUCUGAUGGCGGUGUAAAUAAAUCAAUUUAUGGAACGAAUGGAUAUUUAGAUGUGACAAUAGCACCUUGGAUAUCUGCAUUGCGCAAUACAUUUUUUGCUGCCGGUGAACAAUUGGGCUAUAAAAUAAAAGAUUCCAAUGAUGGUGAUCCAAUUGGAUUUGGUACUAGUAAAACAAAUACAAGAAAUGGUCGUCGUGUUAGCGCUUCGAAAGCAUUCAUAAACCCCAUCAGAAAUCGUAAGAAUUUCCAUCUCUCGACAUAUUCAAGAGUAACAAGAAUAAUUAUUGAUCCAAAAACUAAAAAUGCUAUAGGAGUAGAGUACAUAAGAAACUCCAACAGGUACAUUGUCGAAGCAAGGAAGGAAGUGAUUCUAAGCGCGGGAAGUAUUAAUUCCCCUCAACUAUUAAUGCUCUCUGGUAUUGGACCAAGAGAUCAUUUGUAUAAUCUUGGUAUUGAUAUAAUGGAGGAUCUACCAGUGGGUCAUAAUCUUCAGGACCACGUCAGUAUGGCGGCAUUAACAUUUAUAGUCAAUGAUAGUGUCACUAUUGUUGAGCCAAGAAUUGCUAGUAAUUAUAAAAAUACAUUUGAUUACUUGGUAAGAGGAACUGGUCCUUUUACCGUACCCGCCGGUGCAGAGGCUCUAGCAUUCAUUAAUACUAAAAAAACAAAUGACUAUGACAAUAACAAAUACAUAAUCCUUAAUAAUACCAUUGAUGGAAAUGAUGAUGAUGAUGAAGCCGAUAUUGAAUUGGUGUUCGGAAUCGGUUCAAUGGCCGGUGAUGCUUCAGGUGCAGUGCGCAGUUUAUUUGGCUUGUCGGACGAUUGGUAUGAAAAAGUUUUCAAGCAAUACCAAGGUCAAGAUGGAUUUAGUAUUGUUCCCAUUGUAUUGCACCCUAAAAGUCGCGGCCGUAUCACUCUGAGGAGCGCCGAUCCCUUCCAUUCGCCGAUUCUUGAGGCUAAUUACUUUGAGAAUGAACAUGAUUUACAAACAAUGGUUCGAGGAAUUAAAAAGGCUAUUGAAGUUGCUUCAAGUCAUCCAUUUUACAAAUAUAAUACAACACUCUUACCGGUUCAUUUCCCUGGUUGCACACAUUUGGAAUUUCAAUCAGAUAACUACUGGGCCUGUGUAUCACGUCAAAUUUCAACAACCCUGGGCCAUUUCGUUGGUACAUGUAAAAUGGCCCCUCGAAACGCCGGUGGUGUUGUUAAUGAACAAUUAAAAGUUUAUGGGAUAAACAAACUUCGUGUUAUCGAUGCAAGUAUAAUGCCAUUAUUGAUAUCUGGACAUACUAAUGCGCCAACUUAUAUGAUUGGAGAAAAAGCAAGUGAUAUGAUUAAAGAGGAAUGGUCAUAGGGGAUUUAUUAGAUGAGUAAAAAAAAGUCAAAUAAACAUAUGAUAUUCCAUUGAAAUUUUAUUUAUAAAGUAUAAUAAUCAAACAAUUUAUGAUUAUUUUUUAUAAUUGUAUUGAUUCAAAUGACUCAAAUAAAUGAGUAUCGAGGAGAAAAAGCAGAUUGAAAUCGAUAUGUCAUUUGACAUUGCCGAUGUACCUAGAUAGAAAUAAAACAUAUUUUUUUAACUUUGA